UACCGCGGAAGUUGAAGCGGUUUCCGGAGACAGGGGGCUCUGGUCGCUAUGGCUAUGCUGCGGGUCUCUGGUAGAGUCAGCAAACUGGUCCACUCCGGGGGGCUCUCUCUCUCCCUCACCCUGAGCCGGAGCAGCUCCAGCUCCGAGCUGGACUACCUGCAUAAGAGCAUCGUGCCCACCAACCACUUCCAGCAGAGCCUCCCGCGAUUACCGAUUCCAAAAUUGCAAGCUACAAUGCAACGUUACUUGACUGCACAGAAGCCACUUUUAGAUAAUGACCAGUAUAGGAGAACUGAACAAUUGGCUAAGGAUUUUGAAAAGGGAAUUGGUAAACAGUUGCAUGAAGAACUUGUGGUCCAAGACAAAAGAAACAAGCAUACCAGCUUCAUUUCAGGACCAUGGUUUGAUAUGUACCUCGCUGCACGUGAACCAGUUGUCUUGAAUCAUAAUCCUUUUAUGUCUUUUAAUCCUGAUCCAAACUCUGCAAACAAUGAUCAGGUUACUAGGGCGACCAAUAUGACUGUGUCUGCACUGCGUUUCAUGAAGACUUUUCGAGCUGGCUUACUGGAACCCGAAAUCUUCCAUCUUAAUCCUGCUAAAAGCAAUACAUCUUCUUUUAAGAACAUAAUUCGAUUUGUUCCUGCCUCCCUUUCAUGGUAUGGAGCCUACAUGGUGAAUGCCUACCCACUUGACAUGUCUCAGUACUACAGACUGUUCAAUUCUACUCGUAUUCCCAGACCAGGUCGUGAUGAGCUGCUUACAGAUGACCGUGCCAAGCACUUGUUGGUGAUGAGAAAUGGACAUUUCUACACACUUGAUGUUAUUGAUGGAGAUGGAAGAAUCACAAAAGCUUCUGAAAUCCAGGCUCACUUCAAAUAUAUUUUGUCUGAUCCAAGGCCGCCUCCUGAAUUUUGUCUUGGAUAUUUAACAAGUGAAAAUAGAGAUACUUGGACCUCGAUGAGACAGAGACUACUGGAGGCUGGGAAUACAGAGGCGCUGAAUAAAAUAGAUACAGCCAUCUUCUGUAUUUGCUUUGAUGAUAUCACUGUGAAGGAUCAUCUGCAGCUCUCCCAUAACAUGCUUCAUGGAAAUGGCCUCAACCGCUGGUAUGACAAAUCCUUCAGCAUUAUAAUAACCAAAGAAGGCCAUGCAGCUGUGAAUUUUGAGCAUUCGUGGGGUGAUGGUGUGGCUGUCCUGCGUUUAAUGAAUGAAAUUUUCAAGGACACGACUGAGAGGCCUGCAAUUUCAGCCACUACGUUGCCUGCAGCAGUUGACUCCUCCCAGUCUGUGCAGAAGCUCGAGUUUAAACUUGAUGAUUUUCUAAAAUCGGGUAUUUUGAGUGCCAAGGAAAAGUUUGAUAACACAGUGAGCACCUUGUCUUUUGACGCACUGGAGUUCAAAAAAGGUGGAAAGGAAUUCCUGAAAAAACAAAAUGUCAGCCCUGAUGCAGUUGCACAACUCUCUUUUCAAAUGGCAUUUUUGAGACAGUAUGGGAAAACAGUUGCCACCUAUGAGUCUUGUAGCACUGCAGCAUUUAAACAUGGCCGAACAGAAACCAUUCGCCCUGCCACCAUUUACACAAAGAAGUGCAGUGAGGCAUUUGUGAAGGAGCCAUCAAAACACAGCAUCUCAGACUUGCGGACGAUGAUCAAUGAGUGCUCCAAGUAUCAUGGACAGCUGACCAAAGAAGCUGCCAUGGGUCAGGGAUUUGACCGGCAUUUGUUUGCUCUGCGGUACCUAGCAAAAUCUAAAGGAACAUCUUUACCGGAACUAUUCCAAGACCCAUCGUAUAUUCAGAUCAACCAUAAUAUUCUUUCUACCAGCACUCUCAGCAGUCCUGCAGUCCAGUUAGGGGGCUUUGCACCGGUCGUUCCUGACGGUUUUGGUGUUGGUUAUGGUGUUCAUGACCACUGGAUAGGAUGCAAUAUAUCCAGCUAUCCUGCUCGAGACGCUAAAGAAUUCUUAAAGUGUUUAAACAAAAGCCUGAAUGACAUUUUUGAUGUGUUAGAAGGACAACCUGUCAGCUUCUGAGUUACAUGAACUGAAUGGGUAGAAAUGAAUCAGACUAUAAUGAUUGUACUCUACAAUUAUAGAAAGUGUGCAUUUAAAGCACUAACAUAUGGGGUGAUUAUCAUAUUCAAGAAGAAAAUGAUACUUGAAUCAACAGUCACUGAUUGAGGAUGAGAAAAUGUUGCGUAUUUGCAAUUCUGUACACAUGGUGGCUGACAGUUGACACUGCUGCCUCACAGCGCCAGGGACACAGGUUCAGUUCCACCCUUGGACAACCAUCUGUGGAGAAUUUAUAUGUUCUCCCAGUGUCUGCAUAGGCUUCCUCCGGGUGGUCCGGUUUCCUCCCACAGUUUAAAGAUGUGCAGGUUAGGUAAAUUAGCCAUGCUAAAUUGACCAUAGUCUCCAGGGAUGUGCAGGCUACGUGGGAUAGUCAUUGAAAAUGCAGGAUCACAGGAAUAAGGGGGCUGGGGCUAAGUGAGAUGCUGUUUGGAGGGUUGGUAUGGACUCCGUGGGCUGAAUGAUCUGUUUCCACACUGUUGAGAUUCUAUGAAUCUGGGUCACAUUGAACUCUGAGUGCAAGUCUCCUGGCUUUUCUACCUGUAAGGUUCUCUCUGAAACGAGUAUGGGUCCAAACUAAUUAAGUGCUUAAUGGCAAUGUGUUGUUCAACAAAAGACCUCAUAAUGACUGGAAAUAUAACACUGAUGCAGGGGCUAUUUGGUGUAGUGGUAUAUCCCUACCUCUGGCUAGGAGAUCAGGGUUCAAAUGCCACCUGUUCCAGACAUUCAUUACAAUGUCUGCCUGACCAGGUUGAUUGAAAAAUGCCUGUAACACUGAUACAAUAAUGGUGCUGUCUUGAAGAUGAAGGAAAUUGUUGGGGAACAUCUAUUGUUUUUUCAACAGUGUUGCACCUGACUUGAAAGUACUAGAAAUGGUGUUUAAUCCUGAACACUGAAAUCUCUAGCCUUGCUAAGCACCAAACUUAGUUGUUUUAAUUUUACAAUCUGUUUCUUGACCAAUAAAUUUAUUUGAUCAUUUGAGUUGCACAUGUGACAAGUCGAUAACCACUUUUUCAAUGUUAUACAGCUAAAAAUACUGACUAUACACAACCUAUGAACAUUUUGUGCAUCCUCGAAUGCACUUUAUUCAAAUCCUGGUCACAGCUCUUCAAAGAAUACUGAAGUAUGUUAUACAAACCUGUAGAACUGUGGAUGCUGUAAAUCAGGAACAAAAGGUUGCUGAAGAAGCUCAGCAGAGGAAGGGUCACCGGACCUGAAACGUUAACUCUUUUUCUUCACAGAUGCUGCCAGACCUGCAGAGCUUUUUCAGCAUCUUUUUGUUCCCAAAGAAUAUUGUAACUAGUUCACUUUCAAUAUGUUUUAAGAUUAUUUUUCCCCCAAUAUUUACUCCCUAUUUCCUUUGAUUUUUUUUUUUCUUUAAAACAGUCUUACAACAGGUGUGAUCAGAAGUUUCAGCCAAGUCUUUACUAAGCAUUGCUUAUUCAUAUUUAAAUUACAUUUUAAGCAUUCUGUGGUUAUAUUGUUGGGAUGUAAUACUUCCCAUGAAACUUCAUUUGUUUUUAAUAUUUCAAUUUUGAUGCAACAAAUUUGGGGAAAAUCAAAUGGUUAUUAAGCCAUGUGAUGUGUUUAAUCAAGCUAUGUCAAUGCAACUUGAGUACGCUGCACUGUGUUCAUUUUAUACUUGGAUCAGCAGUGGAAAUAUGACUGAACUCUGUAAUACUCAAUACACAAUGACUGUCCUGUUUCAAAUUUAUGUUGAAUAAAAUUGGACCAAUUUUGGCUAA